AUGGCCUUUGGCGUGACUACUGACAAUAUCUUCAGUCUCCUUGAUGAGGAGAAUGAAGAUCCUCAGGCACUGGCUUCCAAAGCCAUAGCUGCGCAGGAGCCAAAGGCUAAGAAGGAUGCUGCCGCAAAGCCAAAGGAUGCUGCCAAGCCAGCAGGUCGUGGGCAGUAUGACAGGCCCGCCGGAGAUGGUGACGCCUUCGAUGCAGGCUCCACCCCGGCGGCCAACCGGGGGAGGAGCGGCCGUGGCGGCCGCGAGAAUGGGCGAGGAGGUCGCGGUGGCCGUGGCCCCCGUGAGGGGCAGGAGGGUCGUCCUCCUAGGCGACAGUACGAUCGCAAGGACGGCACCGGACGCGGGAGCGAAAUGGAGAAGCGAGGCGGUGCUGGAAGAGGGAACUGGGGUGCUGAGUCUGAGGAGAUCAAGGAGGAAGCUGACAAGGUCAUCAGCUCAGAGGAGGCCAAGCCUGAAGAGGAGGCAGCAGCUGAUGAGCCUGUUGCACAGGCUACCGCGCCACCUCAGGAAGAAGAGGAAAAGGAAAUGACUCUGGACGAGUACGAAAAGAUGAUGGAGGAGAAGCGCGCCAACCUCAACAAGCCUGCAGCUCCAAAGGCAGCUGCGGCUGAUGCGAAGGCAUUCGAGGGCAUGAAGGCGUACACUCGCAAGGAUCUGGAUGAGGCUGAUGACCUGGAGAAUGAGCUGGAGCUGAAGAACAAGAAACAGAUUGGCGUGCGGAAGUCCGGAACCAUCGCCAAGGAGAUCAAGCCCAAGGAGACCAUCAAGGCCAACUUCCGCGUCGGCGACGAUGGCGGCAACUCCGGCUUCGGCAGCCGCCCGCGCGGGAGGGGUGGGCGCAUGGGUGGCGGCCGUGGCGGCCGCGACGGGCCCGAGCGCCGUGAGAGGCCAGACCGCGAGGACCGCGCUUCUCGGGAGGACCGCGCCCCGCGCGAAGAGCGCGCUCCCCGCGAGGAGCGGCCCCAGCGCUCCUACAAUGGCCCUCGCAGUGCGGGAGGGCGCACCGGCCCGGCACCCUCCAUCAACGAUGCCAGCGCCUUCCCCACGCUGUCCUAGAUGGACAAAGGAGAAGCUCUUUGGGCCCUCCCCAUGCGCAAAGUGGUAGCCUCUGUGGUCCUUGAAGUGCUCUAGUUGGCCUGCGAUACGUGCACCACGGGGUUCUGAGCUCUCUUAUUGUCCACAGAGACAGCGCUGUGUUGAUCCGUAUUUUGCUGUCAAUGCAGUGCUGCUGUUUUAACUACUCGCACAGCCACCAGAGAGCAGAGACUCUCCUACGAGACAAUGAGUAGAUUGUGAGCGCAUGUGCUCAAGUUAGCCUGAGGCUUUCCUGUGGGAUGUGGGCAGUUUGAUAUGCCGCCCUUCACUGGACUAGUCCUCGGAGUAUUCAUAUCAAAGUGUGUGGGGAUCGUUUUCUUGCCGUCUUUCUGCCAUCGUUGUGCUUAUCAGAGAGGGGCACCAGCCUGACAAACCUGAAAGAAAUAUGCGAUGUCUCAGCACCUGCUGUCUGAGUGCUCACUAGUGCUGAGGGGGCUGGCAGUGUAAAGCAUGCGCAUAU